UGGCCUGAGGGACGCAGUCAUGGGGCAGGAACCUCGGACUCUGCCGCCUUCCCCCAACUGGUACUGCACUCGGUGCAGCGACGCCGUGCCCGGGGGCCUUUUCGGCUUCGCGGCGCGCACCUCUGUCUUCCUAGUCCGCGUGGGCCCGAGGGCGGGCGUGAGCUCCGGAGCGCCUCCGUUUCGAGUUAUAGGAGAGUUGGUGGGACAUACCGAGAAGGUCUCUGGCUUCACAUUUUCUCAUCACGCUGGUCAGUACAACCUCUGUGCUACCAGCUCCGAUGAUGGCACCGUGAAAAUCUGGGAUUCUGAGACGAGAACAGUGCUGACGGAACAUACACUCCACCAGCAUACAAUUACAGCAUUGCAUUGGUCUCCUCUGGUAAAGGACUUAAUAGUAUCUGGGGAUGAAAAAGGAGUCAUUUUCUGUUACUGGCUUAAUAGAAAUGACAGCCAGUACCUCUUUGUAGAACCCAGGACAAUUUUCUGUCUUACUUGUUCACCUCAUCAUGAAGAUUUAGUAGCCAUUGGUUAUAAAGAUGGCAUAGUGGUUAUAAUUGACAUCAGUAAGAAAGGAGAAGUUAUUCACAGACUUCGAGGCCAUGAUGAUGAAAUCCAUUCCAUAGCCUGGUGUCCCCUGCCUGGUGAAGACUGUUUAUCCAUAAAUCAAGAGGAAAACUCAGAAGAACCUGAAGUUCCGAAUGGGAAAGUUACACCACAAAUUACGAUAACAAAAGGCUGCUACUUAGCCACUGGAAGCAAAGAUCAAACUAUUCGAAUCUGGAGCUGCUCUAGAGGUCGAGCGGUGAUGCUUUUGAAAUUACCCUUUCUGAAGAGAAGAGGAGGGGGUAUAGACCCAACUGUGAAAGAGCGCCUCUGGUUGACACUUCACUGGCCUAGUGAUCAGCCAACACAACUGGUAUCCAGCUGUUUGGGAGGUGAGCUGCUGUUGUGGGAUCUCACCCAGUCUUGGAGACGGAACUAUACCCUCUUCAGCGGUUCAUCAGAAGGGCACACUCAUUCAAGAAUUGUGUUUAAUUUGUGUCCUUUACAAACUGAAGACAGCAAAAAUCUGCUGCUUUCCACAUCAAUGGAUAGAGAUGUAAAAUGUUGGGACAUGGCCACAUUGGAGUGCUGCUGGACCUUGCCUUCCCUUGGUGGAUUUGCCUACAGUCUGGCUUUCUCUCCUGUGGAUGUUGGCUGUUUGGCCAUCGGUGUUGGGGAUGGCAUGAUUCGUGUAUGGAAUACACUCUCCUUAAAGAACAACUAUGAUGUUAAAAAAUUUUGGCAGGGUGUGAAGGCCAAAGUUACAGCGCUGUGCUGGCACCCAACUAAGGAAGGUUGCUUAGCCUUUGGAACUGAUGACGGAAAAGUGGGCUUGUACGACAUCUACUCCAACAAACCUCCACAGAUUUCUAGCUCAUAUCAUAAGAAGACUGUGUAUACUUUAGACUGGGGCCCACCAAUACCCCCUGUGUCACUUGGAGGAGAAGGAGAUAGACCUUCCCGCACUUUAUACAGCUGUGGAGGGGAAGGGAUUGUCUUACAGCAUAACCCCUGGAAGCUUAGUGGAGAAGCCUUUGACAUCAACAAACUCAUCAGGGAUACAAAUUCAAUUAAAUACAAACUGCCAGUACAUACAGAGAUCAGCUGGAAAGCAGACGGCAAAACCAUGGCUCUUGGCAAUGAAGAUGGGUCAAUAGAAGUAUUUCAGGCCCCCAACUUGAAACUGAUCUGCACCAUCCAGCAGCAUCACAAGCUUGUGAAUACCAUUAGCUGGCAUCAUGAGCAUGGCAGCCAGCCCGAGCUCAGUUAUCUGCUGGCCUCUGGGUCCAACAGUGCUGUUAUUUAUGUACACCACCUAAAGACUGUCAUAGAGAGCAAUCCGGAAUCUCCAGUAACCAUUACAGAACCCUACCGCACCCUCUCAGGGCACACAGCCAAGAUUACCAGCCUGGCUUGGAGUCCACAUCAUGAUGGAAGGCUGGUAUCUGCAUCCUAUGAUGGAACAGCACAGGUGUGGGAUGCUCUACAAGAAGAGCCUCUCUGUAAUUUCCGAGGACAUCGAGGGCGCCUACUCUGUGUAGUGUGGUCCCCACUGGAUCCAGAAUGCGUUUAUUCAGGUGCCGAUGAUUUCUGUGUAUACAGAUGGCUCACUUCCAGUCAGGAUCAUUGUCGGCCUCCUCAAGGGAAAAAAAGUAUUGAACUAGAAAAAAAAAGGCUCUCUCAGCCUAAACCAAAACUCAAAAAAAAGAAAAAGCCUACCACAAGAGUGCUUUUGAAGCAGGAGUCCUGUGAUGGGAAUGAGGAAGAGAGCCUCAAGGAGAACUCGGGGCCUGUCGAGAACGGAGUGUCCGACCAGGACGGGGAGGAGGAAGCCCUGGAGCCAGAGGGGUCCUGCAGCCUCGCUGCAGCCGUUUCUACAGAGCCAGUGGUCAAUUCUCCAGUUUCCUUAGGCUUUGAAAAGUCAAAAGUCAUCAUUAAUAAUAAAGCCACUCUACCAAAAAAGGAAGCACCUAAAGAGAAACCAGAAACCUUAAUUAAGAAGAGGAAAGCUCGUUCCAUGCUUCCACUGAGUACAAGUUUGGACCACCGAUCCAAAGAGGAACUUCAUCAGGACUGUCUAGUACUAGCGACUGCAAAACACAAAGAGCUAAAUGAAGAUGUUUUUGCUGACCUUAAGGACAGAUUUCACCUCGGGCUCUUCACAGAUAGGACUACUCUGUACAAAAUGAUUGAGGUUGAAGGAAAAGGUCACUUAGAAAAUGGCCACCCUGAGUUGUUUCACCAGCUCAUGCUUUGGAAAGGGGAUCUAAAAGGUAUUCUCCAGACUGCAGCAGAAAGAGGGGAAUUGACGGACAAUCUUGUGGCUAUGGCACCAGUGGCUGGCUACCAUGUGUGGCUGUGGGCCGUGGAAGCUUUUGCCAAACAGUUGUGUUUUCAGGAUCAGUAUGUCAAGGCUGCCUCUCACUUACUUUCUAUCCACAAAGUGUAUGAAGCUGUGGAGCUGCUCAAGUCAAACCAUUUCUACAGGGAAGCUAUCGCCAUUGCUAAGGCCCGGCUGCGCCCAGAGGAUCCGAUUCUGAAGGACCUGUACCUCAGCUGGGGAGCUGUCCUAGAAAAAGAUGGCCAUUAUGCCAUGGCAGCCAAAUGUUACUUAGGGGCCAGCUCCACUUAUGAUGCAGCUAAAGUUUUGGCCAAAAAGGGGGAUGCGGCAUCACUAAGAACAGCCGCAGAGUUGGCUUCGAUAGUGGGUGAGGAGGAGUUGUCUGCUUCACUGGCUCUAAGAUGUGCACAAGAGCUACUUCUGACGAGGAACUGGGUGGGAGCCCAGGAAGCCCUGCAGCUCCAUGAAAGUCUAACGGGUCAGAGACUGGUGUUUAGUCUUCUUGAACUACUGUCCAAGCAUCUGGAGGAAAAACAGCUUUCAGAAUGCAAAAGUGUCACCUCUUAUAAUGUUUGGACAACAGCCAUAGAAGAGCCCUUUCAGAAGAGGGUGACUGCAGUGUGGAAGAGCAUCUUUGGCCUUGAUUCCACAGAGCAGUAUCAGGCAGCAUUACAGAAGCUACAGAGCAUCAAGUAUCCAUCUGCUACAAGUAACACUCCUUCCAAGCAGCUCCUGCUUCACAUUUGCCACGACUUGACCUUGGCAGUACUGAGCCAGCAUGUGGCCUCCUGGGACGAGGCUGUGGACGCACUGCUUCGCGCUGUGACCCGGAGCUACGGCUCGGGGAACUUCACCAUUAUGCAGGAAGUCUACUCUGCCUUUAUUCCCAAUGGCUGUGACCACCUAAGACAGAAACUAGGAGACCCUCAGUCCUCCAGCACACCGGCCUUCAAAAGUUUAGAGGCCUUUUUUAUUUAUGGACGCCUGUAUGAACUCUGGUGGUCUCUCUCCGGGUCUUACUCUGAAUCCAGUGUCUGGGUCCAUGUUGAUCAUACAAGGAGAACCAUUGAGCAGAGCCAGCAGCUGCCUAAUGGCAGCCCUGAAGAAGCUAGCCCUGCGGCUCUUUCCCAGCCAGAGCUAAGCCAGCCUACAGGAGUGGACUUGAGGCUCACGGAAGAAAGUGAGCAAGUGCUGGGUGCUUGUGUAGAGCUCCUCUCAGACGAGCAUGCCAGUCUCCAGAACUCACAGAGAACCAUUGCCCAAGUCCAGGAGACCCUGGCAGAAAUGAUCCACCAGCACCAGAGAAGUCAGCUCUGUAAAUCCACAGUGAAUGGUCCUGAUAAGAGUGAGUCCGAACAGGAAGCAGAAAGCCCCUUCUCUGAUCCACAGAGUCAGUGUAAUAAGGAAGAAAAUGAACCCAUUUCUCUGCCUGAAUUAACCAGAAGGCUGACAGAGGCAAAUGAAAGAAUGGCUAAGUUUCCUGAGAAUAUAAAGACCUGGCCCUUCCCAGAUGUGCUUGAAUGUUGCAUAGUCCUGCUUCACAUCGGGUCCCAGUGUCCUGGCUGUGUGACUCUAGAAGUGCAGCAAAAGGCCCAAGAGCUUCUUCAGAAAUAUGGCCACGCUCAAGUUUACAAAAGACACUGCCAGGCUUGUACGUGA